ACAUGAAAGAAACAAAAUUUCCUGUCACCAUCACUUUUUUUAAAAAUUAUAUUUUAACACCAAGAAAAAAGUAGAAAGUCCAUGAUUUCAGAAUGAAAGAUUUUCCUUCUCAAGAACACACCACUGACAUACUUUGCUUACAUUUUCCUGAGAACUAAAGAACACACAGAUGGGGCUAACAUGGGCCCACAGAUAAGUGCUGAAACAUGGGCCACAUGAGCUCCCCUUCUCUAGUACAAUCCAACUGAAAAAAAUGUUCUUUUUUUGUAUCCAUGACAAUCAUUUAGUUGGUAGCUGUUUCCCUCCAAAAUCUCCAUGUGCUUCAGCUUCAAACUGAAAAACCUGCCUUCCCCAACAGAUGCCAUCUCCCUCCUGGCUAUUCUCCAAGGAGGGAGUACCUGUGUUCACCUGAGUUCAUGCUGUCCAAACUAAAACUAGUGCCACAAGUUUCCAAAGUUCACAGCCUAAUCAGGAUCUUUUGGAUUAUUAAAACUCCAUCAUAAUUAACCACCAAUUUAUCAUUGGAGCUAUCAUUACAACACAUAGCUGGGUGGAACAAAGUUCAAAUGUGAUAUCUUAAACAAUAGCAAUUGAGUCAAAAUGAUGAAAGAAGGAGGAGCAUGCUGUUCUUCAAACACAGAGGUGAUGCUACUGGCCUAGGCUCAACAAGAAAGUUUUGAGUUGUUUUCCUAAAGAAGAGCUUGCUUCAAGUCAUUUACGAACUCCCUCCUGACCUUGGUGUCCAAGCAUAGUACAAGUUAGAAAAAAGAAUGUACUAUUAUACAAAGAAACAAUAAAAGAACAGCUUCACCUUCUACACUUUACAUAAAACUAUUCCUUCUUGACGGGCCCAUAAACGGGCCUAUUCCUAUUUGAUAGAUAAGGUAACUAAGCUUGUUCAUUCAAGUCAGAAAAUACUGAGAGUCUCCCAUGUGCAGGUACUACUACAGUACUGUGACUUUACCCAAAGUGACACAGGAGGCAAAUAGCAAAGGGAGCACCCAAACUCAGACACCUAACCUCAAGUCCAUUCCAUUCCAUGGCUGCCUACUAGGUUGAGGUCACUGUUCCCACACAACACAUGAAACCAAAGCCAAAGGGCUGUGUUGGCAAGGGCUAUAUGGUUGAUCUCUAGCUUGCUCCUCUGCAAGAAAACUCAGUAUCAAUGAUCACUUUUCACAGAUCCCCUGCUGUCUCCAGGAACAAAUCAAAGUACUCUCCAGUGUCCUAUUAGUUGCAGCAGUACCCAUGAUGUGCAGCCCAGAACUGGGUGCUAGGGAAAAACUAGUGGACAAGACAGAAACAUCCCAGCAAAGCGCAUAGGACACUGGGGGAUAGACUUUGUAAGAACAGGGGCAAGUUCUCUUUAAAAUUACAAGGGUUUUCUAGCAAUGGGAUCAGAAUCCAAACUGUAGGAUUUGACAGGUUCCACUCCUUGGACCAAGAACUGAAAUCUUCAGUGUGAAUUUCUUACGCUACCUCAAGAGUCGAGGACAUAUUCCUCAAACAUGGACCUCUGGUUAUGGCAUGUACCCCAUGCUAGAAGUUUUUAAAACAAUGUCAGCCAUCUACUCUGGCUGGCCAUCCCCCUGCCCAGCCUGCCACACGGUUGCAUCAGAGAAUGGGCAAGUCACACACUAGGCUGCCCAUCUCAAGAAUGCCAAAAUCUUCACGAAUGCUUGCAAUCGCAGAGAGGUGGGGUAACAACAUGGGUCACGUAAUAAGAGGCUGGUCCGAAUCAAUAGCUGACUCAUAGCUAAGAUAUAAAACCUCAGAAGCUCCAGUGCUCUUCACACAGCCAGUGUCUCCCUCUCCUCACUCACCCUUCCUUCAGGUAAGUGUGGGUUCUACUGACCCUGGACUUUUCAGCUGGUCUGGCCCAGGCCUGCAUAGGCUAGGUGGAGCAGGGGGCAGAGAGGCAAGGAAUCUCUCUGCUUUGAGAGUGACUGGGCCUCUGCCUUCCCAGCUGCAUUCAUGUUUAGAGGGGAUUCUGGCAGGAAAGAAAGUGGGGUUGAGCUGCUCUUGUGCAGAUGGUGUUUGGUCUUCUGGCCAGAAUGUAACCUUCACAAAGCAAGACUAUCUCCUAUCUCUCUGGUACCCCUGUAGGGGCAGACCUGGUGCAGGGCACAGCGGGGGCACUCUACAGAGAAUGUCCCAGAAGGCCUGUGACUGGGCUGGACCUCGUGAACUUGUCAGGAGAGGCUGAACCUAUUCUCACAGAAUAGUAGGGAGAAUGAGUCAGAGAACGCUGCAGAUAGGGGAGAUGUUAGAAACCCUGAGAAUCCUGUUUUACAGAGGGAGAUGUUCUGAGAGGAAAAUGAGAGGGGACACCAUUUCCUAUUAGUUUGGUCCCCUCCAUCAAGCGUGGACUUAACAAGUAGUAAGGGUGGUAGUUAAUGGCAUCUAAUGAGAGAUGGUCAUCCAGAAGACCAAUGGGGUCCAGACAGGCCCACAGGGGAGCCUGCCUUUUCUAAUAACUGACCCUGGAUCAUGGCCAAGCUUAGCGGGAUAGACCAAGCGCUUGAACUAACAGUUUCUCCAGAGAAUAUGGCACAACAGCCCUCUGAUGUUCUGAGAAAACUUGUGUUCUGCAGGGGAUGGGUAAAGUCACCCCCACACCCCAGGUCAAGGUUUGUGAUAAUCUUCUACUUGUACUCAGGAAAUCACUGUGAGGAUUUAAAAAGCUCUUAGAGAUGAAGUGCUCUAACCUCUCCUUUUACAGGAAGCUAGGAAACGGGUGGGAGCUCCAAAAUCACACAAGAGGUCAGAGGCAGAGCUGGGAGAGAGAGAGAGAGAGAGAAAGCAAUGGGCACCACUAACUAGGCUAUGUAGAGAGCGGACGAGCUUCUUUUUUAAAAGCAUCAAUCCUAAGAAUUCCAACUGAAAGCUCUCAGAGAUUUGAACCAGGAGACUCCAUGGAGUCUGGCCAGGCAGUGCUACUUGGGAUGAUGAUGGGUUGUCAUGGCUACAGCUGCCUCCUCCCCUGAAUCCUCUUGCCACUGGUCCAGUGAUGCGCUCUCUGCUCUCCUGCCACAGUUCCCUUCCUCCUCCGACGAGAUGUCUCACCAGAGAAAGCAGCCCACCCCUCAGCCGCCAGUGUUCUGUGGGAAAACCUCAGGCGGCGGCGGCGGCGGCGGCGGCUGCGGCGGCGGCGGCGGCGGCGGCUCCGGUGGCGGCUGCGGCGGCGGCGGCUCCCUUGGCGGCGGCGGCGGCUCCGGCUGUGGCGGGGGCUACUCCGGCGGCGGCGGCGGCGGCGGCUCCGGCUGUGGCGGGGGCUACUCCGGCGGCGGCGGCUCCGGAGGCUGCGGUGGCUGCGGAGGUGGUUCCGGUGGAGUCAAGUCCCUCGGCGGCGGCGGCGGCGGCGGCGGCUCCGGCUGUGGCGGGGGCUACUCCGGCGGCGGCGGCUCCGGAGGCUGCGGAGGUGGUUCCGGUGGAGUCGUCAAGUCCGUUGGCGGCGGCUCGUCCGGCGGCGGCUCCGGCUGCGGUGGCUACUCUGGCGGCGGUGGCGGCUCCGGCUGCGGCGGGGGCUCGUCCGGCGGCGGCUCCGGCUGUGGUGGCUACUCCGGCGGCGGCGGCGGCGGCAGCGGCGGCGGCUCUUGCGAGCAGGUCACGUACCAGAGCUACGGAGGCAACUCUAGCGGCGGCGGUGGCGGCUCCGGCUGCGGGGGCGGCUCCUCCGGCGGCGGCUCCGGCUGCGGGGGUGGCGGUUAUUCUGGCGGCGGCGGCGGCGGCUGCGGCGGGGGCUCCUCUGGCGGGGGCUCCUCUGGCGGCGGCUCCGUUUGCUCUUCCCAGCAGACCACCCAGACCUCGUGCGCGCCCCAGCAGAGCUGUGGAGGGGGGUCGUCUGGAGGCGGCGGUGGCGGCAGCGGCUGCUUCUCUGGAGGCUCCUCAGGGGGUGGCGGCGGCUGCUCCUCCGGCGGCUCUUCAGGGGGUGGCGGCGGCAGUGGCUGCUUCUCCGGCGGCAGUUCCGGUGGCGGUGGCGGUGGCUGCUUCUCCGGCGGCUCUUCAGGCGGCGGCGGCGGCGACGGCUGUUCCUCUGGAGGCGUGCCAGUGUGCCACCAGACCCAGCAGAAGCAGGCGCCUACCUGGCCAUGCAAAUAAGGCCCUCUGGACGCCACGGAGGCGAAGGAGCUGGAGCUGUUUUCCGUGGGCGCCGAUGGGCUUAGUGCUCUCAUGAUAUUGCAUUGAGGUUUCCAAAUUCAUGUUUUAACCCACCUGGAAAAAGUCACUGAGCGUUCAUGCUGUGUUUUGUUCUGCAGUUUUUCUGCCUUAGUUUCUGUACAACUACCUCCCAACCCCGAUGCCUCCUCAGCCAAUAAAUUUGCAAAUCAUGAGAA